UUAAACUAAAGUCAUACAGCAGGAGGAACGAAGUGGCUCUAAUGAAUGUCUAAAUAAAAAAAAUUACCAUCUUACCAGAGGACAUUUUGGAUAGUCUCAGCCACAUCCUGAUUAUUCAUGUCAUCCUCUGAAGGGGAAAAACAAGCGAUUAAAGGCAAAACAAACAGGUAGCAAACAAGAUAAUGGUCAGGUAAUGCCUCAGCCCACAGAAGGUAGAGCAGUUCUCCCGAAGGAUCUGGGAAAGUCGCGACCCAUAGUUUACCUGGCUACUUGAUUUGCUUGGCCGUCGUUAGUUGUGUUUUGUGCUUCCCGCUUUCAAGAGCUCAGCAAAAAUGCUGGCUGCUUUGAUUUACACUAUCUUCGCGAUUUUAGUGAGUGUUCUGGCCACGUCCUACAUAUGCAUUCUAUAUGGAGUCAAGCGUCGCGUUCUUCAGGCCGUUAAAACAAAGAAUUCAACCGAACUCAAUCACAUAGCUUAUCAAAAAUAUAACCAGGCUCCAGGACCACGACCAUGGCCCAUCAUUGGUAAUCUUCAUCUGCUGGAUCGAUACAGAGACAGUCCCUUUGCGGGAUUCACGGCGUUGGCACAGCAAUACGGAGACAUAUACUCCCUGACCUUCGGACACACCCGCUGUCUGGUGGUGAACAACCUGGAGCUGAUUCGCGAGGUGCUCAACCAAAAUGGCAAGGUGAUGAGCGGGCGGCCGGACUUCAUACGAUAUAAUAAAUUAUUCGGAGGCAAGCGGAGCAAUUCGUUGGCACUGUGCGAUUGGUCACAGCUGCAGCAGAAGCGAAGGAAUCUGGCCAGGCGUCACUGCUCGCCCAGGGAAUCCUCUUCUUUCUACAUGAAAAUGUCCCAGAUUGGCUGCGAGGAAAUGGAGCACUGGAAUCGGGAGCUGGGCAACCAACUAGUUCCUGGAGAGCCGAUCAACAUAAAGACUCUGGUUCUGAAGGCCUGUGCCAAUAUGUUUAGUCAGUACAUGUGUUCGUUGAGGUUCGACUACGAUGAUGUGGAUUUCCAACAGAUUGUUCAGUACUUCGAUGAGAUAUUCUGGGAGAUUAAUCAGGGACAUCCGCUGGACUUUUUACCCUGGCUAUAUCCCUUCUACCAGCGGCACCUGAACAAGAUCAUCAACUGGUCCUCGACCAUCAGGGGAGUCAUAAUGGAAAGGAUUAUCCGGCAUCGAGAGCUGAGCGUCGAUUUGGAUGAGCCAGAUCGGGACUUCACAGAUGCUCUACUUAAAAGCCUGCUUGAAGAUAAAGAUGUCUCCCGGAACACGAUCAUCUUCAUGCUGGAGGAUUUCAUUGGUGGACACUCAGCGGUGGGAAAUCUAGUGAUGCUAGUGCUGGCCUAUAUAGCCAAGAAUGUGGAUAUUGGAAGUAGAAUACAAGAGGAAAUUGACGCAAUUACCGAAGAGGAAAAGAGGUCAAUUAAUUUGCUGGAUAUGAACGCUAUGCCCUACACGAUGGCGACGAUUUUCGAGGUGCUUCGAUAUUCAUCCUCUCCCAUUGUUCCACAUGUGGCCACCGAGGACACAGUGAUCUCUGGCUAUGGAGUGACUAAGGGCACCAUUGUGUUCAUCAACAAUUAUGUGCUAAACACCAGCGAGAAAUUCUGGGUAAAUCCUAAGGAAUUUAAUCCAUUAAGGUUUUUGGAACCAUCAAAGGAGCCAAGCCCAAAAAAUUCCAAAGGUUCUGAUUCCGGCAUCGAAAGUGAUAAUGAAAAACUUCAACUCAAGAGGAAUAUUCCGCACUUUCUGCCCUUUAGCAUCGGGAAGCGGACUUGCAUCGGCCAGAAUUUGGUGAGGGGAUUUGGUUUUCUGGUCCUGGUCAACGUAAUGCAGAGAUAUAAUAUCAGCAGUCACGAUCCUUCGACGAUUAAGAUCAGUCCGGAGAGUUUGGCACUGCCUGCCGAGUGUUUUCCAUUGGUCUUGACACCCAGGGAAAAGAUCGGACUACUAUAAAAAAGUUAUAAAUUAAAAAACAAUUUCAUUAAGCAUAAAUAACUCAAACCGCUUCAGAAUAAGCUUACUGCAUUAUCCAUCAUCAGAC